AUGAGAAGAGGAAAAAUUUCUCCUUUCUGGUUGCUGUGGCUACAUCUUUUUGGACUCCUGGGACCCACGUCUGAGAGCAUCACAUCCUCCACAAUAACAUCUGUGCCCUCCAUGGCCUUCACCACAACCUCUAAUGCCAUCAGAGGCUCUAAGACCACCAAAACGCCCACUGUAGGCUCUGAAACCCCAACCAUCACCACAGCCUUCACUGCAGUCUCCACCAUGGGUUCUACUGCAGGCCCUGAUACCACAAUGGCUACCACAGCAGACUCCACCACAGCCUCCACCACAGGUUCUGAGGCCACAGUGACCUCCACCACAGGAUUUCAGACCACCAUGGCCACCUCCACAAGCUCCACCACAGGCUACAAGAUGGCUUAUACUGAAGGCUCUAAGACCACUACGUCCUCUACUGCAGGCUCCACUAUGGCCUCUACUACAGGCUCUGAGACCACAACAACCACCACUGCAGGCUCUACUAUAGCCUUAACCACAGGCUCUGGGGCCACCACGGCCUCCACCACAGGUUCUGACAUAACCACAGCCUCCAGCACAGACUCUGAAACUACCACAGCCUCCAUUGCAAGGUCUGAGGUCACCACGGCCUCCACCACAGGCUCUGAGACUACCUCAGCCUCCACUGUAAGCUCCACCAUUACCUCCACUACAGGCCCUGAGGGCAGCAUGACUUCUUCUACCACAGGAUCUGAGGCCAGCACAACCACCACCUCAGGGUCUGAGAUCCCAGUGGCCUCCACUGCAAGCACCACCACAGGUUCAGAGACCAUCACGGCAUCCACUGCUGACUCUAAGACCACCAUGGUUUUGACCACAGGUUCUGAGACCACCACAGUCACCUCUACCAGUUCUACUAUGGCUUUAACCACAGGCUCUGAGGCCACCAUGGCCUCCACCACAGGCUCUGACACAACCACAGCCUCCGUCACAGGCUCUGAGGUCACCAUAGCCUCCACUGCAGGCUUUAAAACCAUCUCAGUCUCCACUUCAAGCUCCACCACAGGCUCUGAAGUGGCCACAGCCUCUACCACAGGCUCUGAGAUGGCAGCCUCCACUGCAGGGUCUGAGGUCAUCACAGCUUCCACUUCAAGCUUCACCACAGGCUCUGGGGCCAUCAUGACCUCCACCACAGUCUCUGAAACCACCUCAAACUCCACCACGGGCUCCAAGGACACCAUAGCCUCCACCACAGGCUCUAAGGUCACCACAAGCUAUGAGACCGCCAUGGCCUCCACCACAGGCUCUGAGACUACUACAGCCUCUACCACAGGCUCUGAGACCACAACAGUGUUCACUGCAGACUCUGAGGCCACUACAGACUCUACCAGAGGCUUUGAGACCACCAUGGCCUUCACCGCAGACUCUGAGGUCACUAUGGCCUCCACUACAGACUAUGAGACCAUGAUAGCCUCUACCUCAAGCACCACUGCAGUCUCUACCAUGGGCUCUGAGGCCACCAUGGCCUCUAUUACAGGCUCCACCACUGCCUCCAACACAGGCCCUGAGGUCACCAUGAUCUCUACUGCAGGCCUCACCACCGAUGCUGCCACAGACUCUGAGGUCACCACAGCCUUCACCACAGGCUUUGGGACCAGCAUGGUCUCCACUGCAAGCUUCACCCAGACCUCUGCCAUAUACUCCAAAGCCACCAUGGCCUCUACCACAAGUUUUGAGAUCAACACAACUUCCAAUGCAAGCUCUGAAGUCACCACAGCCUUCACUGCAGGCUUCAUCACAGCCUCCUCUGCAAGCUCUGAGACAACAAUGGCUUCCACUGUAGGCUCUAAGACCACCAUGGCCUCAACCACAGACUCUGAAACCACCACAGCCUUCACUGUAGGCUCCACCAUGGCCUCUGCCAUGGGCUCUAAGAAUACUGUGGCCUCCACUACAGGCUCUGAGAUCACCACAUCCUCCAUCACAGGCUCUGAGACUACCACAGCCUCUACCUCGGACUCCACCAUGGCUGCCACUCCUGGUUUUAAGACCACUGUGGCCUCAACCACAGGCUCUGAGAUCACCACAGCAUCCACCACAGUCUCUGAGAUCUCCACAACUUCCACCACAGGCUCUGAGAUCACCACAGGCUCUAAGGCCACCAUGGUCUUCACUGAAGUUUCUGAGACCACCACAGACUCAGAGACCACCUGGGUCUCCAUUGUAAGCACUAUCACAGCCUCCAUCACAGAUUCAGAGACCACUACAGCCUCUACCUCAGACUCCACCAUGGCCUCCACUGUAGGCUCUAAGACCACCAUGGUCUCAACCGCAGAUUCUGAGACUACUGUGGCCUCCACUGUAGGCUCAGAAACCACCACAGCCUCUACCGCAGGCUCUGAGACCACCAUGGCCUACACCACAGGCUCUGAGAUCACUACGGCCUCUACUUCAGGCUCAGAGACCAACACAACCUCCACCACAGACUAUGAGACCAUGAUAUCCUCCACCACAGGCUCUGGUACCACCACUGCCUUCACCACAGGCUCUAAGGCCACUAUGGCCUCUACCAUAGGCUUUGAGGCCUCAACCAUAGGUUCUGAGGCCACCACAGCCUCCACCACAGCCUCUGAAGUCAACACAGACUCUGAAGCCACCAAGAUCUCCACCACAGGCUCUGAGGCCACCACAAUCUCUGAGGCUACCACAGCCUCCACUACAAGUUCUGAGACCAUCAUAGCCUCUAACAUGGGCUCUGAGGCCACUAUGGCUUCCACUGAAGGCCCCACCAUGGACUCCACCACAGACUCCAAAGCCACCAUGGUCCCCACCAUAAGUUCUGAGAUCAACAUAGUCUCCACUGCAGGCUUGGAAGCCACGACAGCCUCCACUGUGGGCUCUACCAUGGCGUCCACUGCAGGCUUCACUACAGCCUCCUCUGCAGGAUAUGAGACCACCGUGGCCUCCACCACAGGCUCCAUAAUGGUCUCCACCAUAGACUCUAAGACCACUGUGGCCUUAACCACAGAUUAUGAGACCACCAUGGCCUCCACUACAGGCUCUGAGACGACCAUGACCUUCACUGCAGGCCCUGAACCCACCAUGGCCUCCACUGCAGGCUCUGAGAUUACUACGGUCUUCACCACAGCUUCUGAAAUCAACACAGCCUCCACUGCAAGCUCCUCCACAGUCUCUACCACGGGUCCUGAGUUCACAAUGGUCUCAACUUCAGGCUCCACCAAAGCUUCCGCCAUAGGCUUUGAGAACGCCAUGGCCUCAACCACAGAUUCUGAGACCACUACGACCUCCGCCACGGGCUCUGAGAUUACCACUGCCUCCACCACAGACUCUGAAACUAUCACAUCCCCUAUAGCUUCCUCCUCAAUCUCUAUGCUCACCACACAUCUGUCUACCUAUACUCUGCCCAUGACAACCAGCAGCACAGUUUCCAAGAUGCUGACUGUCUCGAGCACAGCCUCUGAGAGCUCCAUGGGUUCUUUGUCAGCUUCUGGGCCCACCAUGUCCUCAUCUACAGCUGCUAGGAGCCCUGAAGCUUCCACCUCACCUUCUGGACCCACCUCAGGCCCUAAGGUCACCACAGCCUUGGCUUUGGACUCAUCGCCCUUCUUGGCCUCUACCUCUGGAGUCACUGCAGUCUCCACCAGUGUCUCUGCUAUCACUUCUGUGCCCACAAAGGUCGCUGACAUUUCUCAUCAGCCCAUCACCAGCAUAGCUGUGUCAGGCACCAGGACCACUGGAAGCAGACCAACCAGCCCCAGCUCUGUCACCAUGUCCCCUGGCAUGGACUCCACAGCCUCUGCUGCCAGCCAUACUGUACCUGGAAUGGUUCCAAAUACCUCUGGCCUGGGCACAGCCACUCCCAGAGCAUCUACCACCUCAGCCCCUGAUGUCUGGACCACUGCAGGACCUAUCCACAAGUUAACCAGCACACCUAGGGCCAGCACCAACUACCAGAAAACAGGCCCAGUGUCUACCAACACAGAUAACAUGAACCACACACCAACAAACAUCAUCAAACCAAGUGGACAUUUACAGCCUUGGGGCAUCAUCCUCAUUUCUCUGGCUGCGGUCAUGGUUGGAGUUGGAUUGUUAGUAGGACUGAGCUUUUUCCUGAGAGACUUUUUCCUCCCCCUGAGAACUAGUUGUACUUACUACCCCCAUGGCCACAGCCUUGGCCUUGAUCUGGACCUGGACUCGGCCCUGGGCUCUCGAGUGUUCCACAGCCUGGGAAAUGAACUGGUUCCUGGAAGAGGAUUUGAGAUUGCUCAUGGAGGAGCACAUGGCUUUGGACAUGGAGUUGAGCCAUAG